AAUUCGGAACUUACCCAAGAAGAAAAGCAGUCAUGUCAAGAAAGAGUUUUAAGAAACGUAGAAAGAGAAAAAGAAUUAUUCAAAAGAGGUGAACCAAUAAAAUGUAGUAAUUGCAAUUUAACAAGAUAUUCAACACGUUACUGUGAAAAUUGUAUUAUAAAAUAUUUAAAAAGUUUUUUUGGAACUUGGACAUCUGGAAGUGAAAUUAUUGAUGAAUUUAUUUGCGAAUGUCAGUCAAAUUCAGGAUUACCUCUACAUAUUAUGGAAUGGAUCCCAUCUGAUCAAUUAGAAGAUAUAAUGCCCCUUGUAAAGGGUGGAAUUUCUACAGUAUAUAUCGCAACAUGGAAACGAGGAGCAAUAUUAGAUUUUAAUGAAAGCAAGCAAGAAUUUAUUUAUUCUGGUCCUCAAAAAGUUGUGCUGAAAUCUUUAAACAGUCCAGAUAAUCCGUAUGAGAUGGCAAAAAAAUUUAUUCAAAUUAGAUCUGGAGAUAUUGUUAAUGCAUAUGGUAUGACUAAAAUUAAAACUCCUGAUGAUGAUUUUGCCAUAGUUAUGAAUUAUUUCCCAGAUGGAAAUUUACGAGAUUAUUUAAUAAAAAAUAGAGCAACACUAAGUUUAAAAGAUAAAGUAUUUGCUAUUUGGCAUAGUUAUCAAUUAGCAAGAGAAAUUGUUUGUGGUUUAAAACUACAAAUGGUACCUGAAAUUCCAAACAAAAUCCAAAGUCUUAUUUACAAAUGUAUAGAUGAAGAUCCUUUAAAGAGGCCAACAAUCGAACAAAUUCUUGAUAAUAUUAAAAGUAUAUAUAAAGAAAUUUAUGAAAGCGAAGAUUUGGUUACUGAAUAUGAAAAAAAGAAAUUAUAUUAUUCACCUUCUAGAAUAGUCGUAAAACCAUAUACACCAACUUUGCACAAUAGUAGCAUAAUUGAUCUUAAUGAAAAAAUUCCGUAA